AUUAAAAAACGUACGAUUUAUAUCUCCGAAAUGUAUAUCUUAUGUAACGAAAUCGAAUACGAAAUUUGAGAGUGAUCACAGUUAUUAUUGACUAAUAAUUCUUACGUUUAAUCAAUAAACUUGUUGAAUAAGCUUUGUGCAUUGCCUCGGCCAGGCUACUGUAUAGUUAAAUUAGCCGCGGUAGGUUUACCUUCCUGUAGUACAAGGUAUUUACGCUAGAGUGAGCCACGGACCUAUGCUGGUUCACAAUUUUCUUAUACCGGUCAUGCGUGUUUUUCAGAUUCGUAAGUAGGUGAUAAUUAUUGAUGUUCUUUUUGGAUUCUUUCGCAAAUUUUUAAAAUAAAUUAGGAUUAGUUUAACUUAAAAUUGAGUAAUACAAGUAUAUUUCAAGAUUUUGUGCUAAAAUUCAGUUAUCUCGAAAAGUUUGUGACAAAUAUACAAAUUUCAAAUACGUGGAUAUAAUAAGUGUAAAGAUGAUAUCGGUUGAUUCCAACAAAGUAACUAAUGUUGAAGUUAAAAAUGAGAAUGAUAUAUCAACAUCAGAAGUAAUUCAGACAAAUGAUGAUAAUGAUCAAAAUCUAAAUACCUCAACUAUUGCAAAAGUUGAUGAUGAAACUAUGGUUUCUUCAGAAAUAUCCACUAGUAAUAAAGCAUUAUACUCUUUCUGCAUAGAAAAAAGUAUAGUGAAUGCUUUAACUGUUGGAGAAAAGGGUGCUGUCGAAAUUCAGACGGCAAUAAAGAAUAAUGCAUAUGGUGUUACAUUAUUGCCUAAUAAUGCAGAACUUGAUUAUGAAAAAUUAGUAAUCGAUUUGCCUAGGAAGUGCUCGCAAAUGGCAAAACGUUCAACUCAUAGUUUUAGACCAAAUGUAGGAGAUUUAAUAUGUGGUCGAAGAGCUGAUGGAGAUUGGCUUAGGGGAUAUGUUGUAUCUAACCAACCAUCCAUAAGAAUGGCUAUGAUAGAGGAAGCUAAAAUAGUGCCAAUUAAUAAGACUGCUAUAUGCGAUAAAAUCUUUUUAGAUAUUUAUGCAUUUGGUGCAAUUUGUGAAGUGACUGAUGCUAAACAUAAAUUUGAAGAAGGUGAUAUGUGUGAAUUUGAAGUAACAGGCCAAACACGUAAUAAGGAACAAGGCGGAGUUGAAAUAUCAAUUAUUAAAAAGGAGAUGAAUGUCUAUCUGAAGAUAAAAGCUACUGUAAAGCCUUGGAUACCAAUGCCUGAACAAAUAGGAUUACAGUAUACUGAAUUGAAAAAUGAAUCUGAGGUAUGCCUUACUUCUUAUCGAAGUCAUAUACAUCUGUUUGUUCGUCCCUUAGAUACUGCAGGUUUGGAACACUAUAACCAUGUUAUGCAAAAUGUUGCCAAAUGCGCUCAAACAUCUCCAUUUUUAAAAGAACUGCCAGUUGUGGGGCAAAUGGUAAUAGCUCAGUUUGCUGACGAAAAUUAUUAUCGUGCAAUUGUUACUAAGGUACUAGGUGGCAAAAUUACAGUUUCAUAUGUUGAUCUUGGUAAUACAAAAGUUACAGAUAUAAAGAAACUUAAGAUUUUAUCUGAUAAUUUGAAGCAGCUCCGAUCCUGUGCAACAAAAGUUGUACUAAAAGAUGUUCCUAAAGAUGUUCCUAUGACGAAAGAAGUAAAUGAUUAUCUAGCUCACUUAGUAGGAACUGAAGUUCCUCUGUUAUGUACAUUUGAUGGUAUACCUUCCAAAGACGGUGUAUGUCUGAAAUUUCAUGAUGGAGAAGACAUUAAUAAAGUGAUAAGUAAAUUACUCGAGCCGAUAUCUAAGGAAGCUGCUGAAUGAAUAGAGAAAUGAAUCUCAGAAUUAGUUGCUUCCAAUAUUUGUAUUAAAAUAAAAAUUAUUGACCGUGUGCUCGAAAUUGCAAUGUAUAAUGUGGAAUUACCAUUGGUUAAAGCCAAAUUAAUUACAGAUGGUUUAAUAUCAGCUUGAAAAAAAAAAUAUGCAACUCAUUAUGCAAAAGAAGAACCUCUUAGUUAUAAUGUUUGAAGCUAAAGUUAAGAUAUUUUUAGUUAAAAUAGUUAAAACAUGAUUUGUUUCUUGAAAGUAUUUUAAUAUUUUUUGGAGACAUUCCACACUUUGAUAUUAUUGUAUCUUCUGUUAUUUAACAGUUCAAAAAUUUGAUAUCUUAAAUUAGAAAUUGCAAUGUGUCACUCAAUUACUAUGUAAGAACAGUACUUUUUGAACAAUUUUUUUAUAUUUACUUUUGUCAAUAUUAUAUUUUAUUUCCGUGAAUCUCCAUAUUCAACAUACUUUUUGCGAGACUUGUAUUUUGUGUACAAUUUAUAAUAAAUAUGAAGUGAAAAUAAAGAGU